AUGGUCAUUCUCCCGCAAAGUAGACAAUCUCGGGAUGACCAACCCGUCGGCCGCAGGAGCAGUCCCAGGUCGGGUAUCCCGAGCCCUAAUGUUAAUCAAGUCAGCGGCGCACAGAGCUCUCGUCACGAAGCACCUCGCAAUUCAGAGGGCCAGCAAAAAUGGAGAGAGAACGGAGACUCGUUGGUCAGCCUAGAGCUCAAUGAUACUCCUCCGCACCGAUCGGAUAGAACAGACACAGCCACCGACUCCAGUCCCCAUUCCAAUUCAUCCAUUUCUCCGUUGUCCGCUGAGGAUAGUCUGACAGAUUGGGAGGACAGAUUCGUUGUCAAUAUGCCGAGCGCCAAAGAUCCCAACCCACCUACAAUGACUGCCCAGCAAAUUGCUGAAUACCAGAAGAGCAUCGAGAGAGCACGCCACAAGGGCAAACGGAAGGUCGAUCCACCCCUAGGACAGAGCCCACGCAUUGGGUCACCAGCGGGAGAACAACGCCGUUCUCCACCAAGAGAGGAUUCAAUAGGUUCCUUUAGAGCCUAUGACGGUGGUUCAGCCCAGCCUCCAUCAGAGGGAGAGCACCCGUCCGCUCAGUCACAACAAGAUCAGCAAAGCAAACAAUCUCAACAGCGACCCCAGAGGCCGCAGGAUUAUUACAGUCCUGACGAGAUUGGACAAAACCGGAUCAGCACAAUUUGGGAGGAAUCGCCAACGAAGCAGCGAGAAAAACGAACCUCACAAACUACGGAUGGUUCUUUUUUAGGCUGCAAGGAAAUCAACGGGCCAGACACGAAAAAUCCAGACGAGAUUCUCCUUUUCGGAUCUGGCGAAGACACCGGAAGCCUGCACCCUCGACCUCUCGCAGUCAGUGGGAGGAAGAGGCAGAAGGAGGAGAAGAAGAGCUCGGGCGGACACUCGGCGCCGCGCAGAUCGGGAGACAGGAGCAUCUUUCAAGAAGAGUGGGCAGAGGUUUCUCAGAAUUCGAAACAUGUCCCAUGCUCGAAGCGGUCGUUGGUGACACUGUGUCAGGACCCUCGUUGUUCGGAACACGAGAUACCGAGGACAGGCUCUCAGGGCUCAGAGAAGGAGAACUCCCGCCCUAUCGAGAACCCAGCUCGGUCGACAGAGAAGCUGGAAGACACUCGUGGGGACGACGAUGUGUUCAUUAUCAUACCCACUAUCACACGCACUAUGAUUCCCAUGGUCGAGAAGAAACAGCCCGAGAAAAAGGCUUCGGCUCCCAAACCGCAAGGCCUUCGACGUCCUGGGGACACUGGUCAGUCCGGUACUGGAGAGGCAGUCAAGGCCGUCCGCGCGAAAGCUCAAGUCGUCUCUUCACCCUCAGGGCUUCGACCAGCAGCAGAACCGUUGCAGUCGAACUCAACCGGGCAAUCCGUGGGGUCAUCAAAAACAACACAGCCCAGCAGCAUUCCAACGCCGAAAGAAGCUCACGGUGCCUCGAGAGACGUAAAGGAGACGAAACCCCCCAAGGAAGCGAAGACGAAAGAUUUCAAGGAAAUCAAGUUCGUGAAGGGCACAACCCCUGGGAAAAUGUCCCCAGGAAAGGACAAGACCGACGUCGAGCGAAGCACAGCGUCCAGUUCUAUUCGUGGGUUCAUCCGUACCUCCGGGCUAGCAAGGUCAAGCGGACCCGUGAGAUCUCCCACCGACAGUCUCGCUACCAUCCUUCGAAACGGCACUGAGUCUCUGCGAAAUCGGGCCGAGUCACUUCGCAACAGCCGCAAGGGUUCGCCCAUCUCUCUUCCAUCGCGCGACAAUUCCGACUCAUCUCGCUCCGAAAAGUCCUUCAAAUCAGCCAAAGAUUCCCCGAGGGCGACUCCGCCACCAUCCAUGCGGCCCUCUCCGAAGAGAGACUCGCCAGCUUCAAAGUUGUCAUCUGUUGAAAGACCUCCUUCUGAAAGAAAACAUUCAUUCGAGAGAUCUCCUCCGAGACCUGCUACCGAGAAAGCAGCGCCAACGGAGAACCCACCCGCUACGGAGAAUUCACCACCUGGGAAGCUCUCCCGUGCUGAGCGGCUGGAGAAGUUCAAAGAGCAGGCUCGUAUCCGUCGGGCUAAUAAGAUGGCGAAUGAGAAAGGGGUCGACAUCGCUGGGAUCGCAGAGCUGGACGGUCACCAGGUUACUGGCCGUAAGAACAAACUCCAAUCCAAUAUAACAGACGUCAACGACGUCUGCGAAGAUUUGCAUGAGCUGAACGCAAGAGAGAAGGACGACCAUUCGAAAGAGAAUAUCAACCCCGUCGCUUUGUCAAUGAUCUUCGAGAUUGUUGUUGUCGCCGUUACGAAUAUGCACAGACUUACUGUGCAGGUUACAGACAGUCCGUAUGCCAAGUUUGUCGCGAGCAACGUUGUGAGCAUGGUCCAUCACUGCUACCGGGUCUUCAGCCGGGUUAUCCAUGCUGUUGCACAGUAUCAAACAACUGGUGCUUGGCCCAAGGCGAAGGACGACAAAGCCAUCAGCCGCUUCUUGGUCGAGCUGCUCCAGGCUGUUGUUUAUCUGGCCAUUCUUGGCUUCAGCACUCUGAUCGUCUACCGGGCCGCUAGCUAUGCCUUGCUUGUUGGAAGCUGGUUCUUGUGGCUUGCCAGGCCAUUUGCUUGGGUCUUCAAUUGUACUACUCGUGCUCUCAUCAUGUGA